AUGCGUUACACAGUUAAAAAGAAUUACACCAUGUAUGCUUGGGAACUUGGGAAUGAGUUGAGUGGAAGUAGAGUUGGAACAAGAGUAUCAGCAUCUCAAUAUGCUUUUUACACAAGACCCUUAGCAAACAUAGUUCAAUUUUCGUUCAUUUACAAAUUCUUAUUAAAACAUUAUUUGGAUGAUAUUGUGAAGUAUAAUGUUGUAACAGGAAGAAAUGGAGUAGGAUAUGUUGUGUAAAAUGUUUAUUUAGUUGCCUGACUUUUGAUACAAACUUGGUAAGAAA